GUGGUGGUGGUACCCCCUUACCCUGAGAGAGACUCGGAUCAAACAAACAAGCCACUCCUUUGUUUUCCUUUUCCUCUUUAAAGUUUUUCCUCAUUUCUCAAAAUUCAAAUAUUGCUGCUAAUAUCCAUUACAUUAUCUGCUUUUCUUUUACUUCCCCUGUUUGGAUUAUACCGUAAUAAGUUGAGUUGGGCGGGCGAGGAAAAAAACAUGGAGGCAGCCAUGGGACUGAUGCGAAGAAUGCCGCCUCGUCACUCAGAGACAGCGCUUUCCGCUCUUUUAAGCCUUUUGCCUCACAACUCCUCCGAUCUCCUCUCUCAAGUUGAUCUCCCUCUCCAGGUUUUAAGUGAUGAUGACAGUGGGAAGAGGUUCAUUUUGUGCGAAUACAACAGAGAUGCUGAUUCAUAUAGGUCACCUUGGUCAAAUAAAUACCACCCACGAUUGGAAGAUGCGCCUUAUCCAUCUUCAAAAUUAAGGCAACUGGAAAUUGAAGCUAACGAUAUCUUUACAGUCUAUUGUGACCAGUAUUACGAAGGUGGCAUCUCAUCUGUCUAUAUGUGGGAAGAUGACAAUGAAGGCUUUGUAGCCUGCUUUUUGGUAAAGAAAGAUGGUUCAAAGACUGGACAAGGGCGGAGAGGUUAUUUGGAGGAGGGAACUUGGGAUGCUAUUCAUGUUAUAGAGGUUGGGCCAGAAGAAGAAACAACUCGAUAUUGCUUGACUAGUACAGUCAUGCUGUCUUUGACCACAGAUGAUGUGUCAUCAGGCACUUUCAGUUUGUCUGGAUCUAUCAGACGACAGAUGAACAUGAACCUCCCAGUUGCUGAUGGUCAUCUUUGUAAUAUGGGAAAGAUGAUAGAAGAAAUGGAGGGUAAGCUCCGGAACUCAUUGGAUCAGGUCUACUUUGGAAAGACGAGAGAGAUGGUUUGCACUUUACGGCCACCUUCCGAGGUGCUGCCAAUGAGAUUGCCUGAUAGCUAAUAUGGAUUCUAUGCCAUAAGAAAUUGAAGCUUGUGUCAUAUUUGCAUUACUAGAUUGACCCGAGUAUGCUUUGUAUGGUAUGUGUUGAAAAAAAUACAAAUGACUGUAUGACUGACUUAUUUCCAGUCUGCUUUUACAACAAUACAUGAUAUUCUUGAUGAGAUUUUUGCUUAAUAACAUUUCAAUCUGCAAAUAUCCAUCGUUUUCCUUCAA